AUGGACCACUAUCGUACCCUAGAGGUGGAGCCUUCUGCGGGGGAUUCUCAGCUAUGGAGCGCCUACCGGCGGAAGGCGUUGGCGACCCAUCCGGAUAAGGGCGGCUCCUCAGAGGCUUUCAGAGCUGUGGAGACCUUGAUCGAUGCCGCCCGCCGCGCCGCCUACGACCAGCUGCGCGCGGUUCCGGCUCCGCCGGCGUUUCCGGCGGCGCCCGUGGUGCCGCGGCGCCGGUCCGCGGCGCGGGCGGGCGAGGUGCCGCGGCGAGCGAAGGAAGCAUGGGCUUCAGGGCCAAAGGAAGCCCAAAAGCCGGAAGCAGAGGAUGCUGAAGACAUCAGUGCCAAGCCUGCCAAGCAUCAGGAACUCUUGAAGAAGCUCUUGAAAAAGACUCGAAAGGAGAUGUUCUCCGAACUUCAAGCGCUGAGUGAGGAGGAGUCGGACCUGGAGCUGGUUGAGCAGACGCUGGAGGGCAUGAUUGGCCUGCGGCUUACCCUGAAGAAUCAGCAGAUGGUCAAGCCGCCGACCGUGAGACCAAAGAAGGCCAAGAAGAAGAAGGCGACUUCGGUUGCAGAAGGGCGGCCACUGCGGACUCGCAAGACGGGGCGCAACUUGCUGAAGGGCGUGAGCUGCAAUCGACGUGAUGGGUCAUACCAGGCCAGGAUUUCCUUCAACAAUUUCACGAUCGGCACACAAUACGUCAAGAGUCUGGAUGCAGCCGUGGACAUGCACAUUUGUUUGGUCCAGAUGCGACGAACGGCCAUGGGGAACAUCUGA